CUGUCUGCCCUUUCAGAUCGAAGGUGAUCCAGAGGAGCCAGAGAGCCAUUCUCCCAGGUCGCAGUCGCCCUUUGUGCUCCUACACUCUCCAUGGCUACUAGUGAUGACUGGGACAUACACCUGAGAUGAUAAAGGCACUGCGCUCCAAAGCCUCAAAAGUCACUUUAAUCAGCUCUAGCAGUUUUUGACGACUUUUGGGAUGAGAGAUAACUUGGUCUUGACGAGGAGAGGAGCGUCUUGCCUCUUGAUAUAGAAUCAGAAUUUGUGGCCAUGGACCGAUGUCUGGUGAUUGAUGGACCAAAGCGUGAAGGAAGAGGCAUGGCCAGGAGUAAAGAGUAGUGACCUGGUGCUGUCAGUACCUCUGCUGGUCCUCAUCAUGACGUCAGAGGUCCAAUCAUCAGAUGGACGGGUCUCUUUAUCAUGGAGACACAGGACACGCUGUGGACUGUUGUGGCUGCUGCUGCUGCUGGGCAUCAGUGCCAGAUCCUGGGCGCAGCAGGGAACUCAGCCUCAGUCCAUCAAGAUCGAAGGGGACAUCACACUGGGCGGUCUCUUCCCCGUCCACUCUCGAGGGCCCGUUGGUGUUCCCUGUGGGGACGUUAAAAGAGAAAAGGGUAUCCACCGUCUGGAGGCCAUGCUGUACGCUUUAGACCAGAUCAACAGUGACCCGGACCUUCUGCCUAACAUCACUCUUGGUGCUCGUAUACUGGACACCUGCUCAAGAGACACCUACGCCCUGGAGCAGUCCCUCACCUUUGUCCAGGCCCUCAUUCAGAAGGACACGUCUGAUGUUCGCUGCUCAAAUGGAGAGCCCCCCAUUAUCCCUAAACCAGAGCGGGUGGUCGGGGUGAUUGGGGCGUCUGGCAGCUCAGUGUCCAUCAUGGUGGCCAACGUUCUCAGGCUGUUUUCGAUCCCACAGAUUAGCUACGCCUCCACUGCUCCAGAGCUGAGUGACAACAGCCGCUAUGAGUUCUUCUCCCGUGUGGUGCCUCCUGAUUCCUACCAGGCCCAGGCCAUGGUGGACAUCGUCAAAGCCAUGGGCUGGAACUACGUCUCCACUCUGGCAUCUGAGGGCAACUAUGGAGAGAGCGGAGUCGACGCCUUCCUCCAGAUAUCUAGAGAAGCAGGAGGUCUGUGCAUUGCACAGUCCAUAAAGAUUCCUCGAGAGCCCAGACCAGGAGAGUUUGACAAAAUCAUUAAGAGACUAAUGGAAACCUCAAAUGCUCGAGGCGUCAUCAUCUUCGCCAAUGAAGACGACAUUUGGCGUGUACUGGAGGCUGCCAAAAAGGCCAACCUGACUGGUCACUUUCUGUUCGUCGGCUCAGACAGUUGGGGGGCAAAAAGCUCCCCAGUACAAGAUCAGGAGGAGGUGGCUGAGGGUGCAGUUACCAUUCUGCCUAAAAGAGCCUCGAUCGAUGGGUUCGACCAGUACUUCACUUCAAGAUCCUUGGAAAACAACAGGAGAAACAUCUGGUUUGCGGAGUUUUGGGAGGACGACUUCAAGUGCAAACUAACUCGCCCUGGUAUCAAGUAUGAACCGGGGAGAAGAAAAUGCACAGGAGAUGAAAGAAUCAGCAGAGACUCUCAGUAUGAACAAGAAGGAAAGGUGCAGUUUGUGAUUGACGCUGUGUACGCCAUGGCCCACGCCUUACACAGCAUGCACUUGGACUUGUGUCCAGGAUCUAUGGGCGUCUGUGAGAAGAUGGACCCUGUGGAGGGACGAAUGCUCCUUCAGUACAUUCGCUCUGUCAACUUCAAUGGCAGUGCAGGGACCGGAGUGAUGUUCAACGAAAACGGAGAUGCUCCUGGGCGCUACGAUAUCUUCCAGUACCAGCUGUCUAAUGUUAGCAACCCUGGCUACCAGUUCAUUGGUCAAUGGACAAACCACCUCCGACUUAAUCCAGAGGAGAUGCAGUGGUCGGGCGGUGAUCGCAACAUCCCUGAGUCAGUGUGCAGUUUCCCCUGUGAGUCGGGCGAGAGGAAGAAGAUGGUGAAAGGAGUUCCCUGCUGCUGGCACUGCGAGCUAUGCGAUGGCUAUCAGUUCCUGCUGGACGAGUUCACCUGUGACAUGUGCCCAUUUAACAUGAGGCCCUUGAAGAACCGCACAGGGUGUCGGCCCACGCCCAUCAUCAAACUGGAGUGGAGCUCUCCCUGGGCCAUCAUUCCUGUCUUCCUGGCCAUUCUGGGCAUCUUGGCCACAACCGGAGUCAUCGUCACCUUCGUCCGCUUCAAUGACACACCAAUAGUGCGGGCGUCCGGCCGAGAGCUGAGUUAUGUGUUGCUGACCGGCAUCUUCCUCAUCUACCUCAUCACGUUCCUCAUGAUAGCUGAGCCCAGCAUAGCCGUGUGUGCCUUCCGCAGGCUGCUGUUGGGUCUGGGCAUGUGCAUCAGCUACGCAGCCAUGCUCACCAAGACCAAUCGGAUUUACCGCAUCUUUGAACAGGGCAAGAAGUCGGUCACACCCCCAAAAUUCAUCAGCCCGACUUCUCAGCUCAUCAUCACCUUUAUACUCAUCUCAGUACAGUUACUGGGUGUGUUCAUCUGGUUUGGUGUGAUGCCCCCCCACACCAUCAUCGACUACGAGGAGCAGAAGCCCCCUAACCCAGAGUUUGCUCGUGGCGUCCUGAAGUGUGACAUGUCCGACCUGUCCUUGAUCUUGUGUCUGAGCUACAGUAUCGUGCUGAUGAUUACCUGCACGGUGUACGCCAUCAAGAGCAGAGGAGUUCCCGAGACCUUCAACGAGGCGAAGCCCAUUGGCUUCACCAUGUACACCACCUGCAUUAUCUGGCUGGCUUUUGUCCCCAUCUUUUUUGGCACGGCACAGUCAACUGAGAAGAUGUUCAUCCAGACCACCACCCUGACGGUGUCCAUGAGCCUGAGCGCCACCGUGUCCCUCGGCAUGCUCUACAUCCCUAAGGUGUACGUCAUCAUUUUCCACCCGGAGCAGAACGUCCAGAAGAGAAAGCGCAGCUUCAAAGCGGUGGCGCAGGCAGCUACUGUGUCCACGCGCCUGUCACAGAAGUCCAACGACAAACAGAACGGAGAGUCCAAAAUUGAGCCGGACAGGUCGCAGUGAAGGGACGUCUGUCCAAACUGCAUGGCAGAGGCG